AUGACAUGGAGAUUACAGAACCUGGCUGACAUGAAGUCAGCUGCCUCCCCUGACGAGGAACCGUCCCCAAAGAGGCCCAGAGCUGAGGAGACGCCAGGAGCCACACAGCAGGGGGCAGCAGGGAUAGAGGGCCAGACUGAGACACCAGGAGCCUGUCCCCUCCAGAGAGUGGUGUUCAUCGACAGCACAUGGAACCAGACCACCAGAAUCAUCACAGAUAGGAGACUACAGGCGUUGCUCCGUGUGGAGCUGAAGACCAGGAAGACGUGUUUCUGGCGCCAUCAGAAAGGUUCUCCAGACACCUACCUGGCAACCAUAGAGGCUGUCUACUACUUCCUCAAGGACUACCAGGAGCUGUGUCUGAGACAGGAGUACACAGGACAGUAUGACAACCUGAUGUACUUCUACUGUUACCUACACACACUGAUCAACAAGGCUAAGACAACCGCUGGGAGACGCUGAGGACGCCAGGAGGAGAGAGAGGCCAAAACUACUGCA